AAAUGAGUACACAAAUUUACACUAACAGCUUUGUAUAGUUGUAAUGCUGUCUAUGAAAUAUUAACUUUCACUGAUUGUAUACUUUCUUAAAUAAUUAUUAUCCCAGUAUAGUAAAGCAGUAAGACAAAAUGUUGAAAAUUGUGUUUUGAAACACCCCCCUGUAACGUAAGAGCACCUCUGAUAUUUAAUUACAAUUACUUUAAUGAUAAAACUGUAUUAACAACUGUAAUCUAAACAACAACUGGCUCCUGCCAAAUAAUUGCAGUAAUGAAAGCCAUUCCUAACAUAAAAAACUUUGAGAAAAGAUGAUGAUAGAGGAAAUUGGUUAAUUGACAAGUGUGAGACACUUGCAGGAUUAGGUUACUAUUUCUUUGUCUAUCUUAUUAUAAAAACUGAUAUAUAGACUUUGACUUUUAUGUCUGAAAUCAUAAGUGAACAUCUCUCUUAUGAGAUUUAUGAAAUGAUAUUACUAGUGAUAAGAGAUUUUACAGUGAAAUAAAAAAAUGCAUUUACGGAGAUGUUUUAUGUGCAUUAUAACAGUUUCGUUUUUAUUUUACCUUUUUCUGUCAGUUUAUCUAAAUUUUUCGUUGCGGUCACAUGAUGCAAGGAAUGGUGUUUUGUUUUAUCAGGGACUUAGUUUUGCUGAUAGAGUUCCAGUUCAGACUAAGAUUAAGUGUACAAAUGAAAUGACAAAUUUUGUUUUUAUUAAGUGCAUGAAAUGUGCGACUGAAACUAUGGCGUCAGUUCUACGCCGAUUUGGAUAUCUCAGAAAUUUAACUUUCGUUUUGCCUGUUAAAAGAAAUCUUUAUCUUGGAUGGCCUUUUCCUAUUGAAUUAAGUGAUAUCAGACUAUCAAAGUUUGACUACAACAUUCUAUUAGAACAUAGUAUAUAUAAUGGCUCUUUUUUGCAACAGAUUAUGCCGAAUAAUACUAUGUAUAUAACAAUGAUCAGAAACCCGUGGGAUCAUUUCAAGUCAACUUACAACUAUUUUGAUGUUGGAGAAAUAGGUGAUGUACCAAAUAAAAGUAUUGAAACAUAUUUGAAGAAUAUCACAUACUAUGAAAGCAUUUAUAAAAGCCCAGAAAAGAACUGGAGACGUCAUUGUGUUCCGGAAGGGUUUUCAAUUACUCGAAACUUAUUAUCACACUGCCUGGGUUUCCCACUUGGAUUCCCAGCUGGUAGAGAGGAUAUAAGUAAGAACCAGGGCAAGCUACAAAGCUACAUCAACGACCUUGAGGAGAGAUUUUCCCUUGUUAUGAUAGUGGACUAUUUUGCCGAGUCCCUUGUGUUACUUAAACGCAUCAUGUGUUGGAGUUUUAAGGAUAUUGUUUAUCAUCAUUCAAAUAUGGGCAACUAUAAAGACAGCAACCUUAAAUCACUCAAACCAGAAGGAGAAUAUUACAAAAUUCACCGCAAUUGGAGUAAUGUGGAUUAUAUGCUAUUCAAUCAUUUCAAUAAAACAUUAUGGCAAAAAAUUAAAAAUGAAGGUCCAGAUUUCUAUGAGGAAGUACAACAAUUUAGACUAAUUCAGCUGUUGGUGGAGAGAUUCUGUUUUAUUGAAAACAUGUGGAAGUUUCCAAACAAGUAUAUGACUAUUCCUGGGUCUAAGUUUGGUAAAAAGUUCAAUAUAACUGGUGAAGAUUGUGUUUUGAUGAAUACAUACAUGUUGCCUUUGUUGUGGGCAAAAUUUUAUGAAAUUGAGGGAGUAAGCCCUGAACAAUUUGAAGAUGUUGAAAAGAGACCUAAGCCACUUAAAGGAUGUAGUAUAAGAUAGGACUAGACCCUGUAAUUUGACUGGCAUAUACCUUGUGCAAGAAAUGAAAAUGAAAGGUUUUACUGGCACUAAGUGUAAGACAUUAUAUGAUAUACAAAAUGUUUUUGUCAUAUGGUUAAAGUUAUAUUAGUAAAUAAUUUAUUUCAGAUUUUUUGUAUUAGACUUAAUUGUGGUAGUGGUAGAAUUUACUUAUUAUUAAUAAUUUUUUUUUAUUUUGGAGAAAAUUUAUCAUUUUGGAAGUUUUUUAUAUAUACAUGUAUUAACAUUCAUGACUCUUUACAACAAAAGCUUUGAAAUGCUGAAAUAAAAGAAAAAGAUUCAAUGUUCAGCAAUUAGCAAUUUUUAAAAAAAAUUUUUUACAACAAAACAAGUUAUGUUAUGAAAAUCACUUACCAAUUUCUGAUGAUUCUUUCCCACUAAUG